AGAACAGGAUGAGCUUUCACUGGCUGCCUAUAUCACCUCUGCUUUUCUUGAAUCUGGAUUUCCUACCUCGCAUUCAGUGGUCCGAAAUGCCAUGUACUGUUUGGAGGCUGGAUUAGAAAAAGGAAAUACUACUAUUUAUGACCAAGCUCUCCUGGCCUAUGCCUUUGGCUUAGCUGAUAAUAAACACAAACUGGAUUUGUUACUGGAUAAACUGAUUGAAUCAGCUAAGAAGGAAGGUGGCUCAUUACACUGGGAACGAGAUGACAGGCCACCUGCAGAACCAUCUCCCUCUUUCUAUCCACGUGCUUCGUCUGCGGAGAUUGAGAUGGCCAGCUAUAUGCUUUUGGCAUUGCCGACUAUACCCAGCAUAACUCCAGAGCAAAUGACAAUAUCAUCACAGGUCGCGCAGUGGAUUUCCCAGCAGCAGAAUUCCUAUGGAAGCUCCUCUACCACGCAGGACACAGUUGUAGCUAUACAAGCUUUGGCUCAGUUUAGCCAACUUACCUUCUCUGAGGACAGUCAGAAUUCUGUCAAGAUCCACUCUAACAAACCUUUUGAGAAAGUCUUUGAGGUAGAUAAUACCAACCGACUAUUGCUGCAACAGACUUCCUUGCCUGAUGUUCCAGGAGAAUAUUCCAUUGAUGUGAAGGGCAGUGGAUGUGUCUUUACACAGUUAUACUGGGAAGUGUAAUCAUUCCAACAUGGCCAUCAUCAAUGCAAAGAUGCUCACAGGAUUUCUACCUGAUCAGUCAACCCUGCAAAAA